GCACCCAGGUUUCAAAAGUGCGUUUCGCGUUAACAUUGUAAUAAAUAAAUACUACUAGGAUCAUAUAAAUUAUUAACUGUCUAAACAACUUUGAUAGUUUGAAUCAAUUUUUUGGUGCUUUAGAAUUCGUCAGACCUCAUUUUUUUCCGUCAUUCGGCACCGCAGGUAGAGCCAGCUGCUAUGGCGCUGUUGACUGGGCUGGGCCAGGCGGCGACCGUGGCGCAGCUGGUUGGCGCAGAUGUCGGCGGGCUCAUCUCUAUGAUCUUGCAGGCUGCCCUGACGGCCCGGCAGAACAGAAAAGAGUGUGAGCAGCUCGCGCGUCGUGUCCUCAUGAUCGCACAGCUGCUUCCGCACGUGCAAGACCCUGAGGCGGCGGAACAGCUGGCCGGGCUAGGUGGCGCGCUUCGGGACGCCCACGAGCUCGUUGUGUCCUGCCAGGGGAGGAGUGCGGCGUACCAGUUGGUCAUGGCCGGCAGGCAGGCCGAGAGUUUCAGGGAGGUGCAGAGCAAGAUCGACUUCUACCUCAUCAUCUUCCCUGUGAUCAGCCACAUUGGCAUAACACGCCGCCUUGAACGAAUCUACAACAUCCUUAUUCAAGAUGAUUCGACGAGUGCUGAACCGUCUCAACUUCCACAGCCAUCCGAACUGCAGGACUUUACAGAGAUUGCUCAGGAGGUAGUUCCAGAAGGAACCCAGGAAUUCACAUUCGCGGAGAUAAUGUCUGCCACCAAUAACUUUUCCCUUGACGCCGUGAUCGGUGAAGGCAGCUUUGGAACGGUGUACCGUGGCAGGUUUCACGAUGGGCGAGAGGUGGCCGUGAAGCGCAUGAAGAACUUACACUCAGGCUAUUUACAGGAGGAGUUCCACUCAAACACUUUUCGGGAGAACUACGGCUCAAGCAAUUUAGAGGAGGAGUUCCGCACGGAGCUCGACAUCCUAUCACGGCUCCGACACAAACACAUCGUCCGUCUCCUUGGCUCAUGUAUGACUGUAGGCAAGGACAAGCACCUGCAAGCUAAUACGGAAAAGAAGAAAAAGGGUCUACUAACAAGGCGGAGAAAAGAGCCGGAACAGCAGCCGGAGAGGCUGAUCGUCUAUGAGUACAUGAAGAACGGUACGCUCUUCGACAUCCUGCAUGCUGACCAUGGCUCAUUCGAGUUGUCGCCGGUGAUUUUGUCGUGGAAGAUGCGCAUUGGCGUGCUCCUCGAUGUGUCGCGCGCCAUUGAGCACCUGCACUGCCAUGCCAAGCCACCGAUCAUCCACCGUGAUACCAAGUCGGCUAACAUCCUUUUCGAUGCCAAUUGGGUGCCGCAUGUGUCGGACUUUGGCUCGUCGGUCGCAUGGGACACGGCAGUGGAAGUCUCCCAGGUUGUAGGCACAGUCGGGUACAUCGCCCCCGAGUACAUGGCCCGUGGUCAUUUGAGUCCCAUGAUCGACGUGUACAGCUUGGGUGUGGUGAUGCUAGAGGUUCUGACAGGGAAAAAGGCAUUUUCGCAAGGAAAGAGACUUGGAGCUCUCCAAAUCUUACCCAAUUUUCCGGACAGGCGAACUGUACCCAUCAUACCGGAUUUUCUAGACAGGCGACCUGUACCGGAGCCAACGCCAUGGCAGCUGCAGGCGCUGAAGCGUGUGGCAUGGACGGCACGAUGUUGUGUGAAGUUGGAUGUGAAGGACCGGCUGGCCAUAUCAGACGUUGUUGCCAACCUUGAGAUGGCACACGAGUUGAUAUGCAGAGACGACACAGGUUCAGUAGACGAGCCAAGUUUGGUUGACGAGUUUCCAGACUCGCCGCCAGACUCGCCACGUCCCAACAGUGUGUCAUUGGCAAGCUUCGAAUACCAGUCCGAUCUGGAAUCUGAGGUGUUGGAGGAGGGGCGUUGACACCAAUCCUUGGAGGCUUCAAUCACCCGAUGAGCAUCCUGUUCUACACAUAUAGGUAAUGCCCUCUUUUGGCAACCUACAUGUUGCGACGAGGGGUUUAGCACAUGUACAUAACAAGCAAGGCACAGGUUAGGCUUGCAGCACAUAUUUGUAUGAAAGAUAUCAAGACAAGUUGUAUGUAUGUACUGUUGGUGGAAACGAUGACCUCUACCUGGCC